AUGGACCACAACCAAACCAACACAACACCUGGUCCAUUCUACCAGUCUACCAUCAUUCCCAAUCCAUUCCUCAUCCACCGUUACGCAGCAAUGGCUUCCACGUCCGACGACUUUACCAAGCGAAAGCUCUGGGGCGGCCGCUUCACCGGCAAGAACGACCCUCUCCUCUUUGCCUACAACGAGUCGCUCUCCUACGAUAAGCGCAUGCACGCACAGGACAUUCGAGGUUCGCAAGCCUACGCCCGCGCUCUCGUCAAGACGGGCGUUCUCAACGAAGAGGAGAAGGACCAGAUCGUUGCAGGCCUCGAAAAGGUCGGUCAGGAAUGGAAGGAUGGCACGUUCAAGAUCCAAUCCGAUGACGAGGACAUCCAUACGGCCAAUGAGCGACGCCUCACCGAGCUCAUCGGCAGCGUCGGCGGCAAGCUGCACACCGGCAGGUCCAGGAACGAUCAGGUCGCCACCGACAUGCGUCUCUGGCUCAUCGACGAGGUCAAGGAGAUCGAGGGCCACCUCAAGGACUUGAUCCGCGUCAUGAUCGCCCGUGGACGUCAAGAGGUCGACGCUCUCAUGCCCGGCUACACCCACCUUCAGCGUGCCCAGCCCAUCCGAUGGUCGCACCUCCUCCUCUCGCACGCCACCUACUUUGCCUCGGACCUCGCCCGACUGCGUGACCUCAUGCCCCGCAUCUCGGUGCUGCCCCUCGGCUCCGGUCCCUUGGCUGGCAACCCCUUCGCUGGUCUCGACCGCGAUGCCAUUGCCGCCGAUCUCGGAUUCCAGACCGUGGGCCCCAACUCGAUGAACAGCGUUUCCGACCGUGACUUUGUCGUCGAGUACCUCAUGUGGGCCAGCUUGACCGCCAUCCACCUGAGCAAGAUGGCCGAGGAUUUCAUCAUCUACUCGACCUCCGAGUUUGGAUUCAUGCAGCUCAGCGACGCCUACAGCACCGGAUCGUCCAUCAUGCCGCAAAAGAAGAACCCGGACAGCUUGGAGCUGCUGCGAGGCAAGUCCGGUCGUAUCUUUGGUCAAAUGUCGGGCUUCAUGAUGUCGCUCAAAGGCAUUCCCUCGACGUACAACAAGGACUUGCAGGAGGACAAGGAGCCCCUCUUCGAUGCCGUCGACACCACCAAGAACGGCAUCCAAAUCGCUACCGGUGUGCUCUCAACGCUCAACAUCUUCCCGGAAAAGAUGAAGGCGGCGCUAACACCAGAUAUGCUCGCCACCGACCUGGCCGAGUACCUCGUGAGGAAGGGAAUUCCCUUCCGCGAGACCCACCACAUUUCGGGCAGUGCGGUGCGGCUGUCCGAGCAAAAGGGAUGCUUGCUGUCCCAACUCACGCUCGACGACCUGCGAACCUUGUCGGACAAGUUUGACGACGACGUGAUGCAGGUCUGGUCGUUUGAGCAGAGCGUCGAGCGUCGUGACGCCAAGGGAGGCACCUCGAAGCGUGCCGUGCUGGAGCAGUGUGACACGCUCGAAAAGUUGCUCUCUGCUUAG